GAAUUGCAGUUUCUUCCUUCCCCAGUGAACCAUUCUAUGUUUGUUUUUGCCGAGGGAGUAUUCAUGUGAUUGCCUUUAUUAUGUUAACGAUAUCAUACUUGCUGGCACCAGUCUCGAGUUCAUCUCCCAUGUCAAGAGUUUUCUCCAUUCUCGUUUCAGUAUCAAGGAUUUGGGUGACUUGCGUUAUUUCUUGGGCAUAGAAGUUGCAUGGACAUCAGCGGGAGUUGUUCUUAGGCAGCGAAAGUAUCUUCUCGACAUUCCGGUUGAUUAUAGUGUAAUGGGCAGUCGGCCUAGUGCCUUUUCUGUUGAAUAAAAUCACCAUCUUACUAAACCGGCUCCUGCAGAUCAUCCGGAUCCUACUGCCUAUCGUCGGUUUGUUGGUCGUUUGUUGUAUCUGAUUGUUACCAGACCCGAUAUUACAUUUGCUGUCAACAUUCCCAGUCAGUUUGUGCACUCCCCUACAUAGGCGCAUAUGGAUGCAGGAAAUCGUCUUCUUCGCUACCUGAAAGGGGCUUCUGGACAAGGGUUGUUCUUCCCUUCCGCCAACUCACUUGAUCUGGUCGCCUACUAUGAUGUGGACUGGGGUGGCUUCCAGUCUACUCGUCACUCUACUGCAGGAUACGUUAUCACUCUUGGUGGUUCUCCUAUUUCUUGGAGUACCAAGAAUCAGCAAUUUGUUGCUCGUUCAUCUGCCGAGGCCGAGUAUCACGCCAAAGUGUUAGUGAGGUCCUCUGGUUACGUUGGCUCCUACAAGAAAUAGGUGUCACACGACGUGGCUCUACACUUCUUUACUGUGAUAAUCGGGUUGCCCUCCACAUUGCAGCAAAUCCUGUUUUCCAUAAGCGUACGAAGCAUGUAGAGAUGGAUUGCUAUUUUGUUCGAGAGAGAGAGAGUGUAAUCUGGAGAGAUUCCUCCCUCGAAAGUGAGUUCUCACCUUCAGCUUGUUGAUAUGUUCACCUAAGGACUUGGAGCUGAGCGUUUCCAUUUCCUAUUGUCCAAACUGCGCGUUCAAGACCUUCAAGCUCCAACUUGCCCCGGGGGGGGGGGGGGGGAUAUUGCAUGUGGCCUAAGUGCCUAACGAACCAUCUCGCAUGCGGCCUGUCACGACACAGACAAGCCCACAACAUCUCUUGCUCAUGCUGUAUUUAAGUGCCCUAGUUGCUUUAACCUAUUUGAUGAUAGUUGUAUGGGUAUAAAACAUACUGUAAGGCUGACGGCCACAAUUGAACUCAAGUAAUAAUAUCUCAGUCAGAGAGUUGAUCUCUCCCGUGGACUAGUCCCGGUAAUCGGAGAUACCACGUAAACAUCGUCUUAUUUUUUCGGUUUCUCAUUUUUCUCAUACUACGUCAAACAUUUAGAGAGACUAGAUCAAUUAACCAUAAUAAUAUAAUACAUUUUUAGUGAGGCGGAAGGUGGGUUGGCAAUGAUCAAAUAUAAUGACACACUCUAAAACUCACAAAAUGUUGAAAACUCGAUUAUUUGAACUUCACAAUCCACCACCACCUCAAUUAUUGAUUUAUUUAAUGUUGUUACUUGCCUAUCAUAAAAACACAAAACACACAACACAAAUUGAUGAUGAUAAGCAAGUCACGCCUUCGUGAAACUUGGACCAAAUUAUUGGAGCCAAAGCACCUCCCAUUUUUUUUACCAUUUCUUAUUCUCACAGAAAUAACCCACGAGAAUAACGAAAGCGAACUUGGUAAGCGGCCCAACAAAAGGGGUUCUGGUUGUGGCCAACUUGUUUCCUCCUCUCUCUCACUUCCUUUGUUUUUAUUUCUCUGUCUCUCUGUUUCUCUCUCUACCCUCUUGUUGUUGAUGUUGUAGCUGUGGCGUGCUAUGGUGGUGAGAAGCGGUGAGGUGUGCUUUCUGCUGUUUCUUUCCCAUUCGUUUCUCUCGUAUUCUUCCCUUCCCACCACUUUCACUAUUUAUUUUCUAACUUAAAAUGGCAAAAAGGAUUUAUGAACAAAUAAAAAGAUCUUUGCCUCCAUCUCUUCUUGCUUGCUUGCUGUGUCUGUUUCUGAUUAGUCACUAAUUAAAUUAUUAAUUCGAAAUUAAAAUUCCUAAUCUUUGGGUUUGGUUGUGUUUUGCUUGCUUUGCCUUGCCUAGCUAGGACUAGGAAGUGGGGUUAUUAGGUAAAACAAGAACAAAAAAAGAGAGAAAAUUCAACUAAUAAUAAAUUAAUUAAAUUUUG